AUGGACGACGCUGCAAAGGACGCGUACAUCGCCAAGUUGGAAAGUGGGAUGAAAGCAACGGUGGGUCUCAUUGCAGGUGCUACCGGCAGCAAGAGCGCCGCGAGUGAAGCUGCGUUCAUGCAGUGGCGCCGUACUUUCCCGUUGGGAGUGUUGGGCCCCGAGGACCGAGCGGCAAUGCGUUCAUUGCUGUCCAUCUCGGGCAGGGAGUUUCAUCGGCUGGAAGCCAAGUUCAAGGAGCAGAACCCCCGGUACAACUCGGCGUUGCCAGGAUUUGAUCCAACGGCGCGACGCCAGCCAAUGGUAACACCCAAAAAGGUGGUCCGCCAAGCACUGGCUGACAACACGGUGGUGCUAUCGGCAGCCAAGGCCAAGGCGGGGCAAGGGUUGGCAAGCGCCGCGUGGAACGUUCUCUACACGGGCACCCGUGAGGAGAACAAGCGUUACAACGCGACCGAGGUCUCGAAGCUGAUGACGGGUUGCGUGCUCCAGAUGAGUUCUGGAAGCAAACGGGAGCGGGAUGGAACGUUCCGUCCCAACCGCCGCAAUCGGCGCCAGGACGAUGCGGCGUAAAGCCCCACUGGGUGAGGACGGGCAUGAUAUCCAAGACGCAAAUGUCCAGGGCAGAGAACCAAAUGACAACACAUGACAGUAUGGUCGGCACGGUCAAAAGGAAACCGGGUAUAGUUCAAA